CUGACGCUUAGCACCCACCAGCCAUCUCGAAUCCUUGCUGGUAAGUUGCUGUCGAACUGCCUUCCACGUCUUGAUCCAUUGCUUACCUCUUGAUCCGUUGCUUGAACCCCCCUACUAAAACUGCACUCUGUAGGAAGGCUGGUGCCACUGAUCACGAUGAUGACUUUACCUCGUAAAUGGACUGUUGUUGAGUUAGACAGAAAGCAGUACUUUCUUGGAGUUCACUACUCUUUGGAUACGGUUGAGUACUGUGUGUAUCUCACUGACUUCAGUUAUGUGUGGAUAGGCGAUGUUGAUGCUGCUCUAUUGGGCUUUAAGGCGUCACAGUUUGGGUACGAUGCUGAGUCUCUAGACAACGUCUACAAGCAAUUACUGAUAACGUUCGAAAACAACUUUGAUGGAUCAGAUAAUGAAACUGCUUUGUCACUUGAUAAGCUCAAAGUGGAUGGAGGAGUUCCACUGGAAUUGAAGAUGAACCUGGCAAAGCACGUUGACAAUGUUGAGUUCCUGUGGAGCUUUGAUCUGACGAUACUCAGAGAUUCAACUGCCAUCACAAUCAUGAAAAACCUCUUCUUUUACCAGUCCACCAUCAUCCAUACUAUGAACGAGUACAGAGGUGAUCUUGUGAAGAUUAUACGGCAAAAGGAUAACGCCAUAAGGUAUCUUCUGGAAGUGAUUAGUGGGAUGAAUCAGCCAGAUCUGAUAGAGAAAUGGGCCCCAGAGCGCUCCUCCAACAGAAGACACAUCACCAGGUUCGAUUCAAAGGAGUUUGAAUCGCUUUGGAAGAAGAAGAAGCUUGUUCGAUUCCAAAAUGAGUAUAUCUGGGACAUCCUAGGGUCAAACUACACUGACAAUACCUGGUCAUAUGGCACAACGUUCAGCUACACCAAGAAGGACAAUAUGGGCACAAAACGCCCAAGCAACAACGAUACAGACGCAUCGCCUACUCAUGCUGUUCCAAAGAGACAGAGACUAGAUGAUGUUGAAUCUCUUUCUGAGCAUAUGAAAGACCAUACUAUCAAUAGCACAGACACACCAACGCCUACAGCACAGCUACAUGCAUCACCAACGAAGGGAAGCACAAGUGAAGAAUCAGAAAGAGAAGGGUCAGCUUUGCCAUCUGAUGCCACGAUACAACCUAUGAGACAACGUCAGACAUUUGGUAGUCCUAGAAAGAGAACCAUACACCAAAAGACAUUUUCGCCAAUCAAGGCUGCCAAACGUUUCCACACUACAGAUGAAUAACCAAAAUACCCUUG